AUGAAAGAGACUAUGGAAAAAGUCCAAAAUACCACUCAUGGAUCUGGCUGCUUUGAACACUGCAUGCCUCUGGAACAAAGCAUGCCAACCUCUGCUGCAGUCGGCCGCCUCUUGAGAUUUGGAACUGUGACGCUUACUGUUGGUGCCGUGUUAAUGUUGUGUGCAUCCAUGGCUGCUCUCUACCUAUGGAAAGACAGCGAUAAAAAUGUUUAUAAUGUUCGUUACAGUAUGAACAUCAACGGGGAGGUGAGGCAGGGUUCCAUGGAAAUUGAUUCUGACAACAACCUGGAGCGAUUUAAAACUGGGAGUGGAGCUGAGGAAGCAGUGGAGAUUCAUGACUUUCAGAUUGGAAUAACCGGAAUCCGCGUCUUCGGAGGAGAGAAGUGCUAUAUAAAAUCCCAAAUCAAAGCCAAUCUUCCACACAUGGGGGGUGAUAACAAAGAGCUGAUGUUUGACCUGACAGAUGAAGUCAUGCCAGUGAGGUUUGAUGAGGAGUUCCUCAUCUGGGUUGCUACAGAGCAGCCACUGAAGGACACCAGUUUUCUGAGCAACAAAAUUCUGGGUCUUUGCAGGGAACUUCCCAUUUACUGGCUCCAACCUAUCUAUCCUAAAGAUGGGGAGAGGAGAAAGAGAGAUACACAGCGAGCCAAACGGCAGUUUAACAUGGAGGAGUUUGAGACAGCUGCAGGGGAGAGCGGCCCGGUGAGUCACGCAGAGGAUGACACCUCCAGAGUCGCAGAGGAAGAGGAGGGGGCACAGUCGACCGAGGGGUCAGCAUACAACCCCGAAAACCCCUAUCAUCGCAGCGGGGGGGCCAGAGAGGACGGAGCCAUGACCUUUGACACCAUGUUAGACCACCAGGGGAUCUGCUGCUCAGAAUGCCAACGCAGCUACACUCACUGUCAGAGAAUAUGCGAGCCUCUGCAUGGCUACUGGCCCUGGCCUUACAACUACAGAGGAUGCCAGGUAGCUUGCCGAGUCAUUAUGCCGUGUCGCUGGUGGGUGGCACGCAUUUUAGGUGUUGUUUAA